CACACUUGAAGGAAAAGGGCUAUAUUAAUAUAAAUGAGUAGGCCGUAGCGCCGCUGUCAGGUCAAAAUUUUCUGUCUUCAUCAAUCCAGGACUAGACACACUUUCUCUGACAAGUGAGGACCGGGUUAAAAAACAUCGGAUGAUUCUUCUCGAUCCAAGCCUAACAAGUUACUCGAAGUGAAAGGCAGAUAGCAGAUUUUAAAAACAAAGCUGAGCUGUCCUUAAAGAAACGAUCGAAGAUUCGAUUAUGAAGUGUUUGUGCUUCCUGGCGUUUAUGGUAGUUUUACCUUCCAUAGUGUUCACAGCUAAAAUCCUUUUCGUAUGUACGCCGGUAUACAGCCAUGUUCAACAAAUGUCUUUCAUAGCAGAUGCUUUAAUAGAGAAAGGACAUGACGUGUGGAUAACGUCACUUCCGGAUAUGGAUGAAAAGCUGAAUUUGAAGAAAAGAAAGAUUCAAAUUACACCGUUUGCUCAAUCCCAAAAAAUCAAUUUUUUGUUUGACCAGCUGUUAGGCGAUUCAGAUUCAAAUCCAAUAUUUACGUAUCUUCGAACUGGAAAGAGGUCACUGCCGUUGCACGAAGCAAAGACAGUUAUCAGUGUUAUGAUAACCGACGACCAAUUAGCAUCAACCAUAAAGCGAGAAAAGUUUGAUUUAAUGGUAGUUGAGAGUGUUCCUGUCUCUAGCAUGUUAACAAUUAUACCGUAUAAAUAUGAUAUACCCUUCGUCUAUUUUGGACCAUUCUGCCAUCAUUAUCAAUGGAGGAUUCCAUUUUCGCCAUCUUUUGUACCUUUCAAACUUUUUCCGUUUUCUGAUAGAAUGACUUUCACAGAACGUGUUUUAAACACACUUAUCGUCGUAGGAUUUAUGUUUUAUGACCCUUUUAACGACCGAAACACAGCCUCCAUUUACGCUCCUGAAAGACCAUUUAUUGGUAUGACCGAGCUCCAGCGACGAGCGCGUCUGUAUAUCGUAGAAGUGAAUGAAUUGUUAGAUUAUCCGUAUCCUGUUAUGCCAAAUGUGAUUAAAAUUGGUUCUUUGACUCCGCGAGUUGAUACAAAGAUGCCCGAAGACUAUGCUAAAUUUCUCGAUCGAUCACAAAAUGGUGUCGUUAUUGUUUCGUUCGGAAGUAUAUUUCCUAAUACCAACGUUUCAAUACUCUCGAAACUAGUGACAGCAUUUACAAAUACUAAGUACGAUUUUAUCAUCAAAGGGAGCUUCGCGAAGAGUACUGAUCGUAUGAUGGUUUCAAAGUGGAUUCCUCAAAAAACUUUACUGAAGCAUAAAAAGACGCGAUUAUUUGUAACUCACUGUGGAACAAACGGUGUUGGAGAAGGUAUCAGUAACGGAGUACCUAUGCUAGGAUUUCCACUCUUUGGUGACCAGCCGGCGAACGGCUUUCUGAUAUCCUCCCGAGGCUAUGGGCUUCAAAUGGAUCUGUUUGCAGCUAAGACCGAAGAUAUAAAAGACAACAUCAACGAGAUCAUUGAAAAUCCAUCGUAUAAAUCUAACAUCAACAAAGCUUCUCAGAUUGUACAAGAAUUGGAAAAGAGAGAGAACCCGUCUGAAGUUGCAGCGUUUUGGAUUGAGCAUGUAAUUAAGUUUGGGGGCGAGUAUAGACGAUCAUCAAGUAUAGACAUGCCGUUAUAUCAGUAUUUAUUGCUUGAUGUUCUGGCAUUACUUAUUUUAAUAUGCACCUUAGUUUUAACACUUUUAUUCUGCUGUUUAAAGACAUGUUAUCGAAUGACUUGCUCAGGAAAACCAAAGAUCAAGUCAUCGUAAUCUAGACAAAAUAAUUAAAAGCACAAUAUUUCAGAUCAUGUAUAAUAAAAGUUAAAAGGUUGUCUUAUCAAAAAAUUAACCCAAAUUUGUACACAUUGGCAUUCACGGAAUAAAACCAUGUCAAUGUAAGUAGAGGGUGUGUAGGUUGCAAAGCGCUCUCAGGGCAAAAUUCUCCUACUUCGCGUUGUACACGUAACAAUUAGAAUGGAAGUUAGCAUUAUGUUUUACUUAGAGUAUUGAGUAGACAAGAUCAUUCAUUCCAUUAUAAGAAUGUAUAUUAAUCCAUGGCUGGCGGUUACCAAUCAUGCCUAAACGGCGCCCCCAUUGACUGUCAGUAGUGACGGAUGUCUUGUUUUAUGCAGAUUAUUUUAAAAUAACCCUGAUAAUUCUGCAAUCUCAUAUUAUAUUGUAUUAAUAAAUUGUAUUUACUUUGUU